UAUGAGAGAAGUUACAUGCAUAGAGAUGUCAUCACACACCUGGCUGUAGCUAAGACAGGAUUCAUAAUAACAGCCAGCUGUGAUGGACAUGUAAAGUUCUGGAAGAAGACAGCGGAGGAAGGAAUUGAGUUUGUGAAACACUACAGAAGCCACCUUGGUAAUAUUGAAGACCUUGCUGUGUCCCCAAAUGGAGAGCUGAGUUGUACUAUUUCUAAUGAUAAAUCUGCUAAAGUCUUUGACGUUGUCAAUUUCGAUAUGAUCAACAUGCUUCCAUUGCCAUAUGCACCACACUGUUGUGGCUGGAUCUACGCUGCCGGGGAUGCUAUCCCUGCCCUCGCUAUUUCUGACAAAGCCAGCGGGAAGAUGUAUAUGUAUGAUGGGAAGGGGACAGCUGAGCCAAUCCAUGUGCUGGAGACGCUUCACAGCCAGCAGGUCAAUCUAAUCAGGUACAACCCUGUGUAUGAGGUAGCCGUAUCUAUAGACAAAGCAGGGAUGCUGGAGUACUGGACUGGACCGAAAACAGACUACAAAUUCCCCAAGAGGAUAGGCUUUGACUCCAAGAUGGACACAGACCUCUAUGAUUUUAUGAAGAACAAAUGUAUUCCCACUGGGCUGUCUUUUUCCCCUGACGGUAAACUGAUGGCCACCAUAGCUACUGACAGGAAAGUGCGUGUGUUUAAUUUUCUGACGGGGAAGCUGAAAAAAGUUCUGGAUGAGUCUCUCCAAAAGUUCUCGGAACUUCAACAGAUGAAACAGCAGCUGCCAAAUAUGGAGUUCGGGAAGAGAAUGGCAACAGAGAGAGAUCUGGAAAAGUCUGAGGCAUUUUCAGGCUGUAAUAUAAUUUUUGAUGAGACGGGACAUUUUGUUUUAUAUGCUACAAUGUUAGGGGUUAAAGUGAUCAACCUUCAUACAAAUAGAUGCGUGAGGUUACUGGGCAAGUCCGAGCUAGCUCGAUUCCUCCACAUCUCACUGUUCCAAGGGUCAGGCAAGAAGAAAGCGGCUGCCACUGAUGCCGAGAUGACUGCCUCAGAUAACCCUAUCCUACAGAACAUACAGGUGGACCCCAUCCUUUUCUGCACAGCCUUCAAAAAGAAUAGGUUCUAUAUGUUCACCAAACGUGAAUCUGAUGAUGCUCAAAGUGGAGAAUCAGAGAGAGAUGUCUUCAACGAGAAGCCGUCUAAGGAGGAACUGGUAGCAGCCACCCAGGACUCUUCGUACACACGGGUGGCUGAGAACUGCGUUAUCCAUACUACGCUGGGCGACAUCCACUGUAAACUGUUUCCCAGAGAGUGCCCCAAAACAGUGGAGAAUUUCUGUGUCCACAGUAGGAAUGGCUACUACAAUGGAAACAUCUUCCAUCGUGUCAUUAAGGGCUUCAUGAUACAAACAGGAGAUCCCCUGGGCAAUGGUACUGGAGGAGAAUCUAUUUGGGGAGGAGAGUUUGAGGACGAGUUCCACCCCCAGCUACGUCAUGACAGGCCUUACACCCUGAGUAUGGCCAACGCUGGCCCUAAUUCCAACGGUUCACAGUUCUUCAUCACCUGUGUGCCCACGCCCUGGCUUGACAAUAAGCACACCGUGUUCGGAAGAGUCCACAAAGGAAUGGAGGUGGUGCAGAACAUAGGAAAUGUGAAAACAAACGCCAAAACGGACAAACCCUACGACGAGAUACGGAUUGUAAGCGUCACCAUAAAAUGAUCAGGUGUGGAUAGUACAGAUUGAUCGCUCAACAGUGAGAGUUAACUCAACCAAGACCUUCGCAUCCAUGACUGUAAAAGCCAGGCAACAAGAGGUUGGGAUCCCGUAGGACAAUAUACACGUGCACUGAACCAGCUCAUUGGUCAGCCAAUGGGGUGGCUGGAUUCAGUAUCACUUACAUGUAUAAGGUGGUUAGUGGUUCAACAUUCGUUCAAGUCUGUAUGUAUUAAUAUCAUGAAAGUUAGUGCCCACUGAAGGCUUACCAGGUUGAUGUCCACUCAACGCUUGCAAAGGUGGCUUGAAUGAAAACAAAAUUUUGAAAAUUAUGUCCACCAAAAGCUUCUGAUUGUAAUAACUUCUAUUAAAGCUUGUGGAGUUCGUGUGAAUUAAAAACGAAGAAACUUGUCAAAAGGGUUCCACUAAAAACCCAGUAAGAGUGGGCUCCAGUGGAAUAGUGAAGCCUAUGAAUCAGAUCUCCAGUUGCAUAGUGAAUCUUGUUGUAAAGUUGAUGCAUUGAAUAUCGAUGCAAAUCGUCUCCGAAUAACGUGUUCAUGUCUUUAUGUUAAUCUUCAAUCCUUUUAGAGAUAUAUUUUAGAAAGUAC